UCAGUUUGUAUCCGUUCUAGUCGCGCGGUGGAGGAUCAACAGGUGAAAACGUGACUGCUAGUGUUGCCAACUAAUUUAAGUCUAUAAUACUAAGUCUGAUGAACUGUGCUGUGGAAUUUUGAACUUGAUGGCUGAGGAAAUACAGUUGGAAAAAUGUUUGAUUUUAUCUGAUAAGUGAAAGGUUGGUUGUGGUCAGUGAAUAGAAAUGCAAUAAAGUGAUAGUUUAUUGUGUUCCGAGAUUUGGUUCAGAAUGAGUGGCAUUAAAAUGGAAGUGAAGACCAUUUGGAUACUAGUUCUAUUAGUUUAUUCCAACGUUUCAGACGGCGAGUUUUACGACACAAACAACAGCGUGUCCAUCAAUGCCGACGACGCAGCCGGGAACAAUAAUUUACAUUCCAUCGUAACGAAUCGUGAAUUCAACGACAGCGACGAACCCAACAACGCUAAUAAUCGUGGUAAGGGUUUGCCUCGAGCCGAAAUAAAUUUCCUCGCCAAAUUAAGACAAAGGCAACGACAGGGACAAAUUAUCCCGGCGAUGGACAUGUCCCUCGGAAAUCAGCAGAAAUUACAAUCACCACCGCCAGAAGUGGGAUACGAUAGCGACUGGCAAGAUCUGCUUGUUGAAUUACUGAGCAAACCACCGGACAACGAAGACCACGGUUAUCGGUCCCUGGAGGAAGAUCUAGGCACGAUAGUGCGAUUUCUGGCUCAACAACAGGAACAUCCACUGGUUGAGGAUGCUAGCCGUCUUUCACCGUUGUCGUCGUCGGGUGGCGAGCUUAGCGCAUCUGGGCAGAAGCGUGCCGCCGCACUGAGGACCAGCAUGUCAAGGCGUUCGCACACUUUCCCCUACAGCAAAGAGCGCUUCUCGCCUUCCAUCAGUGUUGGUGAGUUGUACGGAGCACUCACAAACCUGGGUGAUUUCUUCCAACAUCUGAAGCACAACCUUGAAUCGCUGGAGUCGAAAAACUUAUCCAAGGACCAGGUCAAGCUGCUGGAGGGAGAAAAUAUGAUUUCCAAUCUUCGGAAAGGUAGAAUAUAUAGCAGACUACCCCAAGCCUGCUGGAAGUGCAGCCUUUCUACACGCUUACCGGAACUACCGCCCCUCGAACGGAAUCCGAGCCCUGGUGUCGUCCGUGCCCGAUUUGUACCGGGGGACCAAUUAUCACGAUCCGGUGUACAAACUGGCCGGACUGGGAAAGUAAUGUUCCCGCUGAUCCAUCGUCCACUUCCUCUGCUCUCGUGCUAAUGACAUGCUGCAUCUGGCUUCAUCCCGGUAUCCGAUGAGAACAUGUGCUACCAGACCGUAACGGAUUUGUCCAUUCAUAGACCCUCCUCAUCGUGCGUUUGGUUCGUCGUUCCGUUUUUUAGCCUUUUACCGAAUGACGGAUGCUUGAAGUGGCCCCACAAGCAUUGUUGCGUUUAUAAGUUGGUCUUUUGGUUGUUUCGGAGAGAGAGAUGACAUGAUCUGCCGCUUAAACUUGAUGAAUUACUCGCAGAACGCCCGUGCAAGAACAGUGCUGAUAUUGGUAGAUAUGUGUAUAUGUA